AUGACUAAAACCGCCGGUGGUUUGACGAAAUUGCCAUUAAAACCUCUUCUUCUUCUUCUUCUUGCUUUUGUUUUCCCGGAGAGGCUUCGUUGGUUGUCAAGUUUCGAAAAGAUGGAUAUAUUCGACAACUCCGAUCUCGAGUACCUCGUCGAUGAGUUUCACGGUUUCUUUGAUUCAGAAGACGAUGAACCAACCGGAGAGGUCAAUGUUAAGAGCGGAGGUGAUUCGGAUUUCAUGGACUCUGAUUUCGAGGACGAUUUUGAUUCGACUCAGAGCAAGACGAAGAGUGAUACGACGGCGUUUGAAGCAAGAAACGGAGAAGACAUCCAAGGGAUUCCUUGGGAGAGGCUUAACUACAGCAGAGAUGAGUACCGUGAGAAGAGAUUGCUACAGUAUAAAAACUUCGAGAGUCUCUUUCGUUCCAGACAAGAGCUUGAUAAGGAAUGUUUGCAAGUAGAGAAAGGGAAAAACUUUUAUGAGUUCCAGUUCAACACAAGGCUUGUCAAGUCCACAAUUGCUCAUUUUCAGCUGAGGAACUUGCUAUGGGCAACAUCAAAGCACGAUGUGUAUUUCAUGAAGAACUACUCUCUCAUCCACUGGUCACCUUUGCUUCAAAGAGGCAAAGAAGUACUUAACGUUGCAAAGCCCAUUGUUCCUACAAUGGAGCAGCCUGGACUAUUGUCACACUCUCUAUCAAGAGUCCAGAUAAGCACAAUGGCAGUCAAAGACGAUUUGAUAGUCGCAGGAGGCUUCCAAGGAGAGCUUCUCUGUAAGAAAAUCAACGAACCUGGAGUCGCUUUCUGCACAAAGCUAACAUCAGCUGAGAACGACAUCACCAAUUCCGUUGACAUAUAUAACGCUCCAAGUGGCUCGUUAAGAGUUAUGACGGCGAACAAUGACUGUACGGUCCGGUUAUUCGACGCUACAAACUUCACUUUCAUCAACAGUUUCGCUUUUGAUUGGUCGGUCAAUAACGUUUCCGCUAGUCCAGACGGGAAGCUAGUGGCUGUUCUUGGUGACAGUCCAGAGUGUUUACUAACCGACGCCGUAUCGGGAAAAGUCGUCCACGGACUCCAAGGCCAUCUGGACUACUCGUUCUCAUCGGCGUGGCAUCCGAACGGUCAGAUCUUAGCCACGGGGAACCAAGACACGACGUGCAGGCUAUGGGACGUGAGGAACUUGUCUGAGUCGUUGAAAGUGUUGAAAGGAAACAUGGGAGCGAUCAGAGCCUUGAAGUUUACGUGUGACGGACGGUUCUUGGCUAUGGCUGAGCCAGCGGAUUUUGUUCACGUGUUCGACACGGAAGCUGGUUACGGUUCUUGUCAAGAGAUUGAUCUGUUUGGAGAGAUUGCGGGGAUCUCGUUUAGUCCUGACACGGAGGCUUUGUUUGUGAGUGUUGCUGAUCGUACGUAUGGGAGCUUGUUGGAGUUUAACCGGAAGCGAAACCGCUCGUAUUUGGAUUCCAUAUUCUGA